CUAUGCUGUGGCCUGGGAGACGGGGUGUGCUUGAGGGAGGAGGAGGAGACGGAGGAGGAGGAGGAGGAGGUGGAGGAAGAGGAGGAGGAGAAGGAGGGGGGAGGUUGAGCUCCUCUUGCACUCUCACACACAAACGCUGCCCCGGAUUACCCGCCCGCUCACACCGCGCUGCGCGCUUUUCCGCUCCUCGCGGCCCCCCCACAUUGUUCUCUCAGGACUCCUGGGUCCCCGGGGGCUGAAUUCCGGGCCUGAGUCGGGGACAGGAGAGACUUGGCUUUGGCCGAAGGGUCCGAGGUUUGGGGCCAGGCCCCCCGCCCCGGGGCUCCCCUCCCCCACGGCACUUUGGGGGUGUGUGGAUUAUCUCAUCCCCGCAGGGAGGUGGGAGAGCGCGCCGGCCGCCCGCCUCCCUCCCGCCUCCCCGGCGGCGCCGGCCCGCUGCAGCCCCGCAGUAUGAGGUGGUGCUGGCGGCUCGGGGCCGUGGCGCGGCCGCUGCGGCGGCGGCUGCUGGGGGGCCGCUGAGGGAGCCCCCGGGAGCCGCGCGGCGGACGCGCUUCGCCCCGGCGCGCCCGGGCCUCGAGGCUUUUUUUCUCCAGCCGAGAGGACGCGGCUGUGCACCGAAGACCGUGUGUGGACAGUAAUGACCUCACGUUUCCGAUUGCCUGCUGGCAGAACCUACAAUGUACGAGCAUCAGAGUUGGCCCGAGACAGACAGCAUACGGAGGUGGUUUGCAACAUCCUUCUUUUGGAUAACACUGUACAAGCUUUCAAAGUUAAUGCAGUUAAAUUGCCAGCGGGUCACUUUGAUCCUGUGGGGCUUAGUUUUAAGCUUUGUUAAGAAACAUGAUCAGGGGCAAGUUUUGUUGGAUAUAGUCUUCAAGCAUCUUGAUUUGACUGAGCGCGAUUAUUUUGGUUUACAGUUGGCUGACGAUUCCACAGACAACCCAAGGUGGCUGGAUCCAAACAAACCUAUAAGGAAGCAGCUAAAGAAACUGCUUUUAUUACUUCUAGGAGGAUCUCCUUACAGUUUGAACUUUAGAGUCAAAUUUUUUGUAAGUGACCCCAACAAGUUACAAGAAGAAUACACAAGGUACCAGUAUUUUUUGCAAAUUAAACAAGACAUUCUUACUGGAAGAUUGCCCUGUCCUUAUAAUACUGCUGCCCUUUUGGCUUCAUUUGCUGUUCAGUCUGAACUUGGAGACUACAAUCAGUCAGAGAACUUGCCAGGCUACCUCUCAGAUUAUUCUUUCAUUCCUAAUCAACCUCAAGAUUUUGAAAAAGAAAUUGCAAAAUUACAUCAGCAACAUACAGGCUUAUCUCCUGCAGAAGCAGAAUUUAAUUAUCUGAACACAGCACGUACCUUAGAACUCUAUGGAGUUGAAUUCCACUAUGCAAGGGAUCAAAGUAACAAUGAAAUUAUGAUUGGAGUGAUGUCAGGAGGAAUUCUGAUUUAUAAGAACAGGGUACGAAUGAAUACCUUUCCAUGGUUGAAGAUUGUAAAAAUUUCUUUUAAGUGCAAACAGUUUUUUAUUCAACUUAGAAAAGAAUUGCACGAAUCUAGAGAAACGUUAUUGGGAUUUAAUAUGGUGAAUUACAGAGCAUGCAAAAAUUUGUGGAAAGCAUGUGUAGAACAUCACACAUUCUUCCGUUUGGACAGACCGCUUCCACCUCAAAAGAACUUUUUUGCACAUUAUUUUACAUUAGGUUCAAAAUUCCGGUACUGUGGGAGAACUGAAGUCCAGUCAGUUCAGUAUGGCAAAGAAAAAGCAAAUAAAGACAGGGUAUUUGCAAGAUCCCCAAGUAAGCCCUUGGCACGGAAAUUAAUGGAUUGGGAAGUAGUAAGCAGAAACUCAAUAUCUGAUGACAGGUUAGAAACACAAAGCCUUCCAUCGCGAUCUCCACCUGGAACUCCUAAUCAUCGAAAUUCUGCAUUCACACAAGAGGGAACCCGGUUACGACCGUCUUCAGUUGGUCAUUUGGUAGACCAUGUGGUUCACACUUCCCCAAGCGAAGUAUUUGUGAAUCACAGAUCUCCAUCUUCAACACAAGCUAACAGCAUUGUUCUGGAAUCAUCACCAUCACAGGAGACCCCUGGAGAUGGGCAGCCUCCAGCUUUACCACCCAAACAGUCAAAGAAAAACAGUUGGAACCAAAUUCAUUAUUCACAUUCUCAACAAGAUCUGGAAAACCAUAUUAAUGAAACAUUUGAUGUUCCAUCUUCCCCUGAAAAAUCUACUCCUAAUGGUGGUAUCCCACAAGAUAAUCUUGUUCUAAUCAGAAUGAAACCUGAUGAAAAUGGAAGGUUUGGAUUCAAUGUGAAGGGAGGGUAUGAUCAGAAGAUGCCUGUGAUCGUGUCCCGAGUAGCACCAGGAACACCUGCUGACCUCUGUGUCCCUCGAUUGAAUGAAGGGGACCAAGUUGUACUGAUCAACGGUCGGGACAUUGCAGAACAUACCCAUGAUCAAGUUGUCCUAUUUAUUAAAGCUAGCUGCGAGAGACAUUCUGGGGAACUCGUACUUCUGGUUCGACCUAAUGCUGUAUAUGAUGUAGUGGAAGAAAAGCUAGAAAAUGAACCAGACUUCCAGUACAUUCCUGAGAAAGCCCCACUAGAUAGCGUCCAUCAGGAUGACCAUUCCCUGCGGGAGUCAAUGAUCCAGCUAGCUGAGGGGCUUAUCACUGGAACAGUCCUGACGCAAUUUGAUCAACUAUAUCGGAAAAAACCUGGAAUGACAAUGUCUUGUGCCAAAUUACCUCAGAAUAUUUCCAAAAAUAGAUACAGAGAUAUUUCGCCUUAUGAUGCUACACGGGUCAUUUUAAAGGGUAAUGAAGACUAUAUCAAUGCAAAUUAUAUAAACAUGGAAAUCCCUUCUUCUAGCAUUAUAAAUCAGUAUAUUGCUUGUCAAGGGCCAUUACCACACACUUGUACAGAUUUUUGGCAGAUGACUUGGGAACAAGGCUCCUCCAUGGUUGUAAUGUUGACCACACAAGUUGAACGUGGCAGAGUUAAGUGUCACCAGUAUUGGCCAGAACCCACAGCAAGUUCAUCCUAUGGAUGCUACCAAGUCACCUGCCACUCAGAAGAAGGAAACACAGCAUAUAUCUUCAGGAAGAUGACACUAUUUAACCAAGAGAAAAAUGAGAGUCGUCAACUCACUCAGAUCCAAUACAUAGCCUGGCCUGACCAUGGAGUCCCCGAUGAUUCCAGUGACUUUCUGGAUUUUGUUUGUCAUGUACGAAAUAAGAGGGCUGGCAAGGAAGAACCUAUUGUUGUUCACUGCAGUGCUGGAAUUGGAAGAACUGGGGUUCUUAUUACUAUGGAAACAGCCAUGUGUCUCAUUGAAUGCAAUCAACCAGUUUAUCCACUAGACAUUGUAAGAACAAUGAGAGAUCAACGAGCCAUGAUGAUCCAAACACCUAGUCAAUACAGAUUUGUAUGUGAAGCUAUUUUGAAAGUUUAUGAAGAAGGAUUUGUUAAACCCUUAACGACGUCAUCAAAUAAAUAAGAAAGCAUAAGUCUGG